AUGCAAGCUAUUGGAAAAGUUGAAGGGAAAAAGCUGAAUUGCAUUGCUAAUAAUAUGGAAAAGUAUAUAUCUUUUUCAUUGGGAUGUAUGGAUUUUAUAGACUCGCUCCAGUUCAUGUCUUCAUCUUUACAAAAACUUGUAGAAAACCUUGCCAAAGAAGGUUCUAGCAAAUUUCGACACAUGACAAGCCACUUUGAAGAAGAAAAAAUACACCUGCUUCUGCGAAAACAAGUAUACCCAUACGAGUAUUUUGAUUCCGAGGCAAAGUUUUUAGAAUCUCAACUACCCCCGAUUGAAUCAUUUUACAGUACACUAUCGGGAGAAAGUAUAACCAAACUGGAUUAUGCACAUGCACAACACGUAUGGCAAUUGUUUAACAUACAGAAUCUCGGACAGUAUCACGAUCUAUACGUACUAUCAGAUGUUCUUGCAUUAGCCGACGUCUUUGAAAAUUUCAGGGAGAUCUGCCUCAACUACUAUGGACUGGACGCUGCACAUUUUUAUACAACACCCGGUUUAGCCUGGCAAGCUGCCUUGAAAAUGACAGGUGUCAAGUUGGAAUUACUCACUGACAUAGACAUGCAUUUGUUUAUAGAGAAAGGCUUAAGAGGGGGCAUAUCAAUGAUAACCCAUCGCCAUGCCAAAGCUAACAAUAAACAUGUACCAAACUACAAUCCAAAUCAACCCAUUAAUCACGUGAUGUACCUAGAUGCCAACAACCUAUACGGAUGGGCCAUGUCACAAGCGCUUCCAGUUGAAGGUUUCAGAUGGCUCAACGAUUCUGAAAUUGAGAACCUACACAUAGGUGACGUUGAAGAUGACAGUAAAAAUGGUUUUAUAUUAGAAGUUGAUUUAGAAUAUCCUAAGGAACUACACGACGACCACAACGAAUAUCCAUUAGCUCCAGAAAAAUUAAAAGUUACAAAUGAUAUGUUAUCACCCUAUGCAGAAAAGCUAUUGGAUGAUUUAAACUUAAAAGGAACAUCGACAGAAAAAUUGAUACCAAAUUUACAUCCAAAGCAAAAAUACGUGGUACAUUACAGAAAUUUAAAACUCUACUUAUCACUUGGAAUGAGACUUACAAAGAUCCAUAGAGUCAUGACAUUUGAACAGCGACCCUGGUUAAAGACAUAUAUUGAUUUCGAUACAGAGAAGAGAAAGCUUGCAACAAAUGAGUUCGAGAAGGAUUUUUUCAAACUCAUGAAUAAUGCAGUCUUUGGAAAGACGAUGGAAAAUUUAAGGAAGAGAACAGAUAUAAAACUUUUGAAUGACCAAUCAAAGGCCAGAAAAUUAAUCAGCAAACCAACAUUUCAUGCCUUCAAAAUAUUCAACGACGACUUGGUGGCUGUGCAUAUGUUGAAGCAACGAUUAUACUUAAACAGACCCAUCUACGUGGGAUUCACUAUACUCGAUUUGUCAAAGACACUUAUGUACGAUUUCCAUUAUAAUUACAUGAAAGAUAAAUAUGGAUCUAGAGCAACACUCUUGUUUACAGACACCGACUCGCUAUGCUACAGCGUCAACACUGAUGAUAUAUAUCAAGAUAUGUUGGAAGACAGAGACUUGUUUGAUACGUCAGGGUAUAACCCCGAACAUCGGCUUUAUAGCACUUUAAAUAAAAAGGUGUUAGGAAAGAUGAAAGACGAGACACAUGGUAUUCCCAUACAGGAAUUUGUUGGUCUCAAGUCAAAGAUGUACUCAUUGAUAUAUGAGGAGAAUAAAACAAUCUGCGAGAAGAAGACAGCGAAGGGUAUAAAGAAGAGUGUGAUCAAACAUGACACGAUCAAACAUGACACAAGACACGAACAUUAUAAACAAAGUUUAUUCAACAAAGAAAUCCACAUGUCUACCAUGACACAGAUCCGUUCAUAUGACCAUACGUUAUAUAAUAUAUCAAUCAACAAACUGGGCUUAUCCCCUUAUGAUGAUAAAAGAUACUUUCUAGAUGAUGGGAUACAAAGUUUGGCUUAUGGACAUUGGAGAAUAUAA